CACACGCACGCACACACCCCAACCCCUGCGGUCAUUCAUUCCACUACAGCGCGUCCUCACUCCUCAGCGGCAGCUCUCCCUCCGUCUGCUCCGCUUUGCACUGCUCCUGAAUCAGCCUGUGGGGGGGAUGAAGAUGAUGCGGACCGUCGUGUUAUGCGGCAGCUUUUUGCCCUUGCACCUUUUCCUCUGCGUCCACGCUCUGCCGGUGCGCGACCGGGGGACCGUCAGCAGGUCCAAACAGCUACAGGGAUAUUCUCACAGCAACAGUCACGUUGUCCUGAAGAAGAGGGGCCGACAUGAACAGGACACUCUAAAUGAAGAGUACAAUAUGAAGUCUGUACCAGCAUUCAAAAAUGACACAGAGUUCUGGAAGCGCCCUCGCUGUGGGGUCCCAGACUAUCCCAGCUUAACAAAGGUCGACCUGUCCUACUACAACCUGAAAAAGAAGAAUGGAAACCUGAGUAGACAGCAGCGCAGGAAGCGAUUUGCGUUGUUUGGAGGACGCUGGGAAAAGACCGACCUCACUUACAAGAUAAUGCGUUUCCCCUGGCAGAUGAGUGAGGGCAAAGUGCGGCGCAUCUUGCAGGAGGCGUUUGGUGUAUGGAGUGCAGUGACUCCGCUCAGGUUCAGAGAGGUCACCUCUGAGAAGGCUGACAUCAUCAUUGACUUCAACAGGUACUGGCAUGGAGACAGCUUACCGUUCGAUGGUCCUGGGGGAAUCCUCGCCCAUGCCUUUUUCCCCCGGACACACAGAGAGGGAGAAGUCCACUUUGACUAUGAUGAACACUGGACGACGGGCAACGAUGUGGGCACCGAUCUCCUACAAGUGGCGGCUCAUGAGUUUGGCCAUGUCCUGGGCCUGCAGCACUCUCUGGAGCCUGAUGCCGUGAUGUGUCCUUUCUACAGCGACUCCUACCCUGUGCAGUUGAGUGAGGAUGACAAGAGGGGCAUUCAGUAUCUGUAUGGCCCCCCUCGGCACGCACCGCCAGAGAUGGCGGAGACCAAUGAGAUUGACAUCGGAAUGCCGGACGCCUGCAGAACAAACUUUGAUGCUGUGUCCAUGAUCAGGGGGGAGCUGUUCUUCUUUAAGUCUCGAUAUGUUUGGCGCAUCCGUGAUGGGCAGUUACAAGCUGGAUAUCCAGCCCUGGCGUCACGCCACUGGGGAGGCAUUCCUGACCGCAUCGAUGCUGCGUAUGAAGACAAGUCUGGCAACAUCUGGUUCUACCAAGGUGACAGCUACUGGGUGUUUGACGCUGAGAGGAAGAUAACAGGACCGGAUUCGGUGCAGCGGCUGGGUCUUCCUGUAACAGAUAUCCAAGCAGCUUUGAAGUGGGAAGAGCACGGUGUCGAGAAAGUCUACCUCUUCAAGUCCGCUUCAUACUGGCCCUUCAAUCCUCAGGAGAAUCGAGUCGAUGACAUCCAUCCUCGCAGCAUGCAUAAGUGGAGUGGAGUGCCCAGCCAUAUUGAUGCAGCCUUUCGGGACAUUUAUGGCUACGCCAAUUUCCUGAGUGGGCGGAACUAUUGGAAGUUUGAUCCCGUGGUGUUGAAGGUGGUGGAAGGCUACCCCCGCAGCAUUGGUGUGGAUUUCUUUGGCUGCUCUGCCUCUGUCUAAAUAAGUUCAUACACAUGAAUCUGCAAAACCUGUGGGUUGAUUUUUCAGCUUAAUUCCACAUCUAGCUCUUUUGGAACCCGCCCACUAUUCAUCAUCAAACCCUCUUGAGUGGCUAAGCACAGAUCAACUCACAAGGCGGCCUUGGAUCAAAUUUAGCAGAAGGCUACGUUAAAUGUGGCGGCAAGAUCGGUUAGAUUCAAAAUGUGGAUCAUAAUAUAUACGUAGAGAUACAUUCACAGUUUAUACUGCUCACCCAGCUCCGCGCUAAUCAGCAAACCUCUGUCCGUCAUGACAGCAGCCACACCUCCCCCACUCUUGCUCACUCACUCACUAGCUUACUGCUAGCCAUUAGCCUGCUCAUUAGCCUGCCCACCCUGAAUUUCGAAAAACCACAAAACACAAUCGAAACACACUUUCACAAUUUGAGAACAUUAAAGCUUCAGUAUGCUUCAAGGAACUAGGUCAUAUCAUGUGUUUGACCAUGUCUAAAUGCAAAUAUGAUUGCAUUAUGUUUUAAAUGACCACACCUGAAGGUAAGGCACAAAGCCUUCUUCACCCUGGAUGCAUCUAUUGUUGAGUACCAAGAAUUGAGAUCAAUAUAUUUUCUGGAAAUUCUCCUCAAAAUCUGCUCCUGUUUCCUGGAAAAACACCAGCAGGAACCUGAGAUUGUUGGCAUGUGUCUGCUUGCGGGUCUGUUUGAACCUGUGUGGUUCAAACAGACCCGCUGUAUGAAUACUGUAAAGUAUUACUAAGUACUGUGUUAAUGAUUAUCAAGUGUCCCAUUCAGAAAUGUUACAAAAGGAUUUGGUUCUGUUGUUGAAAAUUGGGUUUGUCCUUUAAGAUAACAAGCUUCAGGCUUCAGGCUUCAAGCUACACUGCUUUCCACCUUUCCCCUUGUAAAUCGUUAUUUUUGAACACAUACACGACUGUUCUUGCCUUGUGUUAUGCAAUCCUACGUUGGAGCCACAGGCCUUGUUGCUUGUAGCCCAGCUAAUGCUAAAGCACUGAAACCUGGACCUGAACUGAUAGCGGUGCUUUUUAGCUACGCUAGCAGCACGGCCCGAGGGAUGGCAAUGUCAGACAUUCGUGUUCCCUCAAGAUGAACUGUGACAAUGUUGGUAGUCCUCUGACUUUUCUUAAGCUGGAAUUAUGGUUCUCUGGGCUUCGUGUUUCGGACACAUUGGUGUGGGCUUCUUCUUUCUCUUCUCGUAUAGAUUCAGGGUAUGAAAUCAUUAUGUAAAUAAAACGCAGACGAAAUCAGGAAAUGGAAAUCAAUUUCACCCCAGUAACAGUGCAACUGUGCAACUUAAUCAACAUAAAUGGACAAGAUGGGCAAUGAUUUUAAACAAAAAAAUAUCAAAUGAACCAACCACCUUGCUUGAUAUGUAGGCCGGCAAUAUGAGUCGCAUAGAGAAGCAUGAGAAGCAUAAUUCCAGCUUCAGUCUGGUUCUUCACUGCCAACGAGGCUCUAGCUUCAGCCUUGGUUUAUCAUUUCACUGUUUACACCCUGAUUUAAGCAGAAUCCCACCACAGUUUGUCUGAGCCUGCUGACGGACUGACCUUACACACAGAGGAGCAUCUCUGCUCGACCUUACAUCAUUACAGAUCUUCGGCCUUUUACUUUCAUUUUUUCGUUCAUGAUUCUGUUUUCUUUGAUUUGAGUCAUCAGCCUCUUCUGCUUGCACGCUCACCAGACAAUUUAAAAUACCACGUAGGUCCGACCCUGCAGCACUCUGUCUCAUCCACACAGCUCCUAAAUGAACCAUAGACCAUUUAGCUCGGCAGAAAUGAUGCAAGCAAACUCAGAAAGGGGACUCGAGGGGAGUCAGGAGAUGACUCCUGUUUGCAGGGCAGCAUUGUAAUUAUUCACAAAAGCCUUCCAGUCUAGGAUUUAGCAUGAAGCUAGAUCCCAUCUCUGACCUGACAUGGUAAAGGGUUGUGUUGAUUUUGCUUCACUGUGCUGUAGGUGAGCGGCUGAUGUCAAAAAUGUGACAAUCAUGGACAACCAGUAUUGAAAAUCAACUUUGGUCAAGUUGAUUUCUCUAAAUUCACAGCGGCAAGUUGAAAACAAACAAAGCAGAGUUUUCUGAAUAUUUAAGGUGCUAUUUAAGGUUCUGUAGGCAAGGUAAACCAGUACCUCAUACUUUACACAAACUACACAACCUGUUUCUUUUCAUUAGUCACUGUACUCCUGUGGUGCAGUUUUCUAGAGCCAUACAACUGUCCUCACUAUCUGUUAAAGAGCUUUGUUUCACUUCUCUGAUUGUUAUUGUACCUUUUAUUAGAAAAAAAACAAUGAGACUUGUUAGAACAUUAAAAACCAGAUUUUUCUUGGCUGAUGAUAUAAUGUGGUCUGAAUCAAAGAAAUGAGACAGAGCUUCACUGUGCUUUAACUUACUGUAUAUAUUUUUUUAAUGAAUAUUACACUUGUUCAUUUGUAUUCAGUGUGUUAGUGAGUGUUGUUAAUCAGUGCAGGACACUGAUGAUUGCAUUGACUUUGAAAAUACACUGCGGUGUGUCUGCAACAACAGCCGUCCAGUGUUGCUUGGACAUUGUCACUUGUGAUUUUUGUCAACAUGUCCUAGACAAAGCUCUCUUUUGAUGAACCGUCAACACAGUACACUGAUCUGUUUGCCUUUAUACUCAGUUGUUUCAUAAAUCUGUAAAGUUUUUUUUUUGUUUACAAUA